AUGGCGCCGACCUCCCCCAGCGCGGGAGAGUCUAUGGAGGGAAGUGAGGGGGGAGAAGCACUCACCAUAAUUAGGCAGGAGCUGGCACAGAUCUCUGCCCAGAUGCUGACCAAGGCAGACACCGGCAACCUGCUGCAUGAGUUUAGGACGGCGGUGAGGGAAGAAAUCUCCGCUUUGCGCACAGACCUGGCGGCGGUGGAGGUGAGGGUGGAUGCGCUGGAGACAGAAACACAGGCAUACCGAAAUCGGCACCGAGCCGCCAAGCUCGCGACCACCCGCCAGGGUAACCUCCUCCUGACCCUGCGCCGCCAGGUGGAAGACUUAGAAAACCGUACCCGCCGCCAAAAUAUUAUGAUCUGCGGCCUGCCGGAGCCGGACUCCACACCUCUCCAGGAGACCGUGAGAGCCCUCUUCAGGCAGAUCCUGGGUGAGAGAUGCCCCACGGACCUCCACUUUGACAGGAUACACAGGGCUCUGGGACCCCAGAGACAGGACGGGAAGCAGAGAGACGCCCUCUGCUGCCUCCAUGCCUAUAGCCUCAAAGACCAGCUGAUAACCGCCACCAGAGGGACGAACACGAUCACGUUCCAAGGUGCGGAGGUAGCCCUUUUUCAGGACCUGUCCAGCCUCACUUUGGAUGCAAGACGUGCACUCAGACCGAUCACCGUGGCGCUCAGAGAUAGAAACAUCUUAUACAGGUGAGACACCUUUAGCCUCCAGGUGAGACACGGCGGCACGUGGCUGCAGAUCCGUUGGCCAGAUGACGUGCCACCGCUGCUGAGGACCCUUCGCAUCCCCCCAGUGCACAUCCGGAACUGGCUCUUGGAGACCCUGCUGGCUCCAAGAGGGCGACCCGCCGACCGUGACGCCCACUCAGGCAAGAGAGCCUCCGGCGCGGCUGUGGUGGAGGACCCGCCAAGGCUGAAGAAUAGGACGCCCUACCUUGGGGGGGCCCCGAGAUGCCGCAGGGUCCGAGGCUUUGAUGACGAGGGGAUGCCUGGGCGGGGAGACCCCUGGUGGCCGGGGAGCUGGCGGUAGUUGAAAUGUAAAUAGUUCGCAUUAUACCUGGUUCAUGCAGACACUUAGUUGCCCGGGGCGGGUACAGGGCGACAGAGACGAGACACAUCGUACCUCGCACACACAGAGAGACAGACCGACUUCAGACGCGGAUUCUGCGCGCGACCCCCGCGGAUAGACUGUGGGAGGCAGUGCGGAGGGACACAGGAGGUGGUGUCACGUAUUGGGCGGGGGACUCACCCCUGGUACCCUCCACAGACAGUCAAGUCCCUACACAACUUGACAUCGGACAUGAACGAAGUACUUAA